CUUUAUUUUGAUGCAAUUGUUCAAAACAAUAAGAAAACUGAAAGAAAAUAUAUAUGAGAAAGAAAAGAAAACACGAACUUAGUUCUUAAGCAAAAGAAGGUUAAAACGAAAAAAAAUUGUCUUAUGAAAUAAUUAAAAUAAUUAAAAUAAUAAAAAUAAUAUAUAAUAUAUAAGACAUAUCUGAAAAUUUGACAACAAUGGAGCAUUUAGAUUUGGCGGGAGUUACAUCCAUGACGACUUUUAAUAAUUGGUCACUACCAAUGUUCGAGCAGCAGGACGCAAUAUAUUUGUCAAAUUCACGUCAAAUAUUGGAGCCCAUUAUGGAAGAAACAUCCGAAGAUGAGGAGAGAGCACAAAAUAGUUGGACUCAAUAUGAACAAUCGAAUCAUUUUUGGAGUUCAGCCGAAUCGGAGACAGGCUCAGUUAUAAGAAUCGAAUUAAACAAAGAUCCCGAUUCGAUAUCCGAGCGUGAUUUUGUAUGUCCACCAAAGAGACCACGUCAUUGUGAAGAAGUACAGUCACAACAGUUACCAAAUAGCCUUGAUGACACUGUAAUCUUACGUCGCUACCAACGCAAUGCUGGCCUAAGUAAUGAAUACAAUGAGACAAAUAACAGUUUGGAACGUUUCUUAACAUAUGAAAAUUCGAUGCGAGAUAGUUUUGGUGCUAAUAAUCAACCACAACGUAAUAGUACGGGCAGUAGACGUUUCGAUGAUUUUUAUUCAGAUUCCGAUAGCUUAUCCUACCAUUCACUAAGUCGUUCAUCAUCCCUCAUACAAUUUGAGUCGUUGGAACGGCAAUUAUUGCUACAAGAGCAACAUGCCAGCAUGUCUAGCUUAGGCAAUUCCUCACCUUCGCUACUAAGUUUCGAUGGUGCUAAUGUUACAAAUAAUGAAGAUAGUAAAACUGGUGCUAGCAGUGGCUGCAAUUCUGGCAGCAAUAGUCGCAGAGGUUCGCAAAGUUCAUUGCUCAAACGUUUCGAAUCGUCCGAUGGUCGUUUACAUCAGACCUAUUUUGAUUUAGACAAACUAAAUUUCGAUGAAGAUGAGCAUGUGCUAUUCCGUGGUGCCAGUAAAACAAAUAUAAUCGAGGCCACUAUUGGAGAGAUAAAGUCUGAUUCAGAAUCAUCGACCAGCUCAACGCGUAGUUCUUCUGGAAACAGUAUUUUAACAGCAUCGAAACCUUCUGCAGAGGAUUUAACCGACUCUAGUUGUGCUAUUAGUACAAAAAUAGCGCGCAUAACUGCAUUUCAACGUGGUGGCAAGAAUUCGGCUGAAAAUUUAUCAGAAGAUUCUGGUUACUGCGAGCCAUCCACUUUAAGACGCGCUAAAUCAAAAAGCAUACCGAAAAAUUUCGAAAAGUUCUGUGAAGAAGAAGAAGAAUUUCAACAACAAUACGAAUAUAAAGAGCGCGAUGAUAUUGCACAACAAAAACAUUCCAUAAACUAUAACACAGUGAACUGUUACGGGAGCACCGCUGCAAAUGUUGAGCAUAAUGAACUUAUAUGUCAGCCAAAAAUAAACGAUACCACAUUCCUCGUGGAGUCAACUGAAUUAACGUUUAACGAACCAAAAACAACAGCAUCGUUGCCAGCAACAGCAACAGCAUCAGCAUCAGCAACAGCAGCAUUGCAGCAACACACACAACAACAUAGAUUAUUGCCAUUAGACUUGUGCCAGUGUUUUAAUAAUACUAAAAAUAGCCCAACGCGAGAGAUUAUCGAGCAUAGACGUUCAUUAGCGCAUUCACCAUCUCCUGUGUCGUCUGAAGCAUCAGGCAGUAGCAGCAGCAGCGCCAAUAGCCGCUCAACGAGAUCAUCCUCUUCAUCGGCCUCGACAUGCGCUUCAGCUGCUUCAUUUACAUGGCUACCAAUACAAGAUCAGCAACAGCAGCAUGAAAAACAUGCACAACGAGCGGAAAAACAAUCUAACGCUCAGCCAAAACAAACUUUUGAGGGACUCCGCCCGACACUACGAAACAGUUUGCCAGACAUUCGCGACGCGUUAAGUUCGGAAGUAUAUUUUUCUUAUAGCCAACAACCACCAGCAUCUGUACUAUUGAAUAAUAGAAGUAGCUACUUGCUGGAGUACUCAAGUCCAAUUAUAACAACACCAACUACACCGACGACACCAACAGCGCAAACAAUACAAACAGUAACGACGGCGACACACAAUACAAACACAUUAGACGAUUCAGAUAUAUCGACAUCAUCCGUUUCAUCGGCGCAUGAACACGAUAGUCGCAGCGACGAAACGGACGCCGAAACCACACCAGAAAUCAGAAAACGUAGCGUGGGCGUUGGCAAUAUUGCUAGCAACAGGGUUGGCGGUGGUGGUGGUGGUGGAGGAGGUAUUGGUCAGUAUAACGGCACACGCAUACGAAUUUCAAGUGUACCCAACGAACUCGAUAAAUUAGGACGCAAGAAACGUAGUAUUAGCAAAGCGAAAUACAAUAAAACUCCAACGGAGGAGUGCUGCAGAAGUACAAGUGAUAGUUCAAGUAUCGAGGAAGAGGAACCCAACUGUGUAAGAAUUACACGUAGUUCUAGUUUGUCUGAACGUCGAGAACGCAAUUUCCCAAAGUUUGAAGCGAAUCAAUAUCCCGAUAUUGUUAACGGCACAUCACCCCAUUCGCAACGCUUGCCCGAUUAUAUGAAUGCAAGUUAUCAAGAUCUGACGUUACUGGACUACACAGGUCGAAAGCCAAAUAGCACAAAUAAAGAAAACAUAGGAAAUCAAAAACGCGCGGGUGUCACAAACAUGGAGAAACGUAAAAGUGCAGGUGACUAUGAACACAUCAUUUGUAAAGGUAACUUUCUGCUAGAUGAGUUGUCUGAGAUAUUUGAUAAAAAUGCCUCCAUACUCAACGAUAAGCAUAUUGAUGAAAUCGAGGAAACACACAAUUUUCUACAGAAUGAAAAGGAAGCAGCAUUGCAUUGUAGUCCAAAACCACCACCCAGACAGGCUAAGCAUGUAAAUUCUAAACUUUAUGACAGUCCCGACGAAGAGAUUAGGCAACAGCACAAUUCUACAAAUGCAAGUUACUUCGAUGCUAAUGACCAACCGGAUGCACAACUGGUACAACACGUGCAACUAACGAUACGUAAGCCGCCAGCACGUCACAAGAAUAAUCGCAAGUCUGAUGCUACAAACAGCUUAGUUGACGAUAGUCAACAAGUGCCACAAUACACAUUCAGCAGUUUUGGUAAGACCUUUGACCAGGAUCCCACAAAUCUACGCACAAGUUACGCACAGAGUUUGGAAAAGUGCAACUUCGAUCCGAAAGAAGUUUCCAACACUGAUCUUUCAAAAGUGCGUGCCAUACCCAAACGUCGCUUCCAGUCACAAGCCGCAGCAAACAAAAAGAGGAAUUUAGUUUCGAGCACACCAAACCUAAACGCUUUUGAUCCAGGGGCCGAUGACAUUGAAGAUGAUAUGUUUGUUUCUAGCGCACAUACUUCAAUGCAUCAAUUACCACAAUCCCAUCAACAAAAACCUCUGGGCAUACUUCUAACGGCCGGUUCACGCACUUCCUUUGGCAAAGAGGUCAGCUUUUGUCCAGUCGUUUCAAAAUAUUCAUGGCAAGAGCAAUCAUCCGAAGAGUGCAAUGAACCACAAUUGCACCGCCAAGAUGGUCAGGAAGAAGAUGAAACUGACGAUGAGCUAUUGGAUAAUGCGGAUGCCACAGUUAUUUAUAACACAAAAGAGAACCAAAAAAUCGCUACACGGUAUUAUGAAGAACAAGCAACCGAAAAGAGCACAGCACAAAUAAGAGAACAACCUAAUGUUGAACUGCUAAGAGCCACAAUCAUUAAUACGGAAGAGCAAACGAAGAGAAGCGAACCAAACAAUUUAGAAGAGCAAAUAACAUCGCAAAUGGAAGAGAAAAACAUCGCAGAAACAACGAAACUCGUUUCAAGCGAACAAGCAACAAUGAAAACAAUGCACGAUAAUAACAUUGUAUCGCCGACAGCAACGACGUUGGUCAAUUCGCUUGAAACAGCCACAACUGAAGUUAGUCUCAAACCAACAACGAUCGUAGUUGGAACAGUGAACGGUUGUAGUGUCAGUAGAAAAGUUGAAGUUCCGAACGAGUCCCCUACAAAUAUUGCAAAUAAUGAAAAACAAUCGUCGCGUCCACUUAGUAUACAAUUACCGAUUUUAAGUGAACCGCCCACAAAUCGAGCCCAUCACAUUUUAUAUGCAUCCCAGCAAAUGCUGGACAAUUUCCAAAGACGCGAACGUGAAGAAUACAGUGAAAGUGAAGAUAAUAGUGUUCUGAAUCGUGGUAGUGCCGUUGCUCGUGAUACAUCGGCCAUUAAUAUUUCCGAUAGAAAAUCCAAAAGUGUUAGCAAUUUACAUUUCGGUCAAAAUAAUCGCAAAAACAUGUCGAAAAAAAUCGGCAACGGCAGUGACGAGCACGCAACUGCCAGCAGCAACAAUGGCACACAAACCAUCAAACCGAUCAACAAUAAUAACGAAUUGAUGAAAUCCAAAUUCAAAGCCGAUGAGAAGCACCCAAAUUCCAAAGGUUUUCUAUCGCGUUUCGCGAAUGGCUUUCGCUUCUCCCUGCGCCGCAAUAAGAAGAAGCAAUUGCAAUAUCAAAAGGAGUUGCAGCAACAACAACUACAGUACGACCAACAGGCAAGUGCUGAACAUAAUGGAAACACCGCAAAAGGUGCACCACAGGUAACAUCGAAGAGCACAACCACUGCCUCGAAUAGAACCAGCACACCAACAAAAGCCGGCAAAUCGAGCGUAAACUCAAAUGCGAGUUCAAAUGCGAAUGUGACUGCAAACACAAGUGAUUUCAUUUUCAUCCCUUUGAAAGGUCCUUUACCUGCAGCACGUGCUACAGCAUUAGAUGACAGCGGCAACACUGUGCCAUAUAAUAAUAAUGACCACAAUGCCACUGCUUCUACAACAACCACAUGGGAAGACUCGAAUGCCAGCACAGCCAGUGCACAAAGUGUAAAUACAAAAAUUGGCGCCAAAUCGGGUGUGAAUCAAAUGCCGCAAUCGUCCACAAUGAAAGUAACCGGCAAGCCGCCGUUACCAAAACACACACUGGCAGCAGCAACGGCAGCACGUUCCAAUGCAGUCACAACCCAUCUAGCCCAAAAUGGCAAUAGUGGUAUGAUUGGUAAUGGUGUUGAUAUUGGCAUACAGGGCGCAGGUCCACAUGCGCAGCACCAGCAACAAACCAAUUACAAUCUUACAUCAAUGGAAGCUAACGCAAAGGCACUAGCACAAGCAGAGACACAGUCACAGUCACAGUCGCAAUCACAGCAGCUGCAGCCACAGCCACAGCUGACAGAACGGUCAGGACAGCUCUGUCAAGAUUUUCUUGAAGCCGAAUGCUCUUACUACUACGACGAUUUUAAGAAUCAGUUAAAUUCGGGCAUGCAAGCUAGCGGUUGUGCCGGAACGGCUCUGGUGCCGGAAUUUACAUCGCCUUCGCGUGCAAGUGUCUCGCAGAAAACGCAAAUGUUUAAUAAUAUGUCUAGUAGGGGCGGUGGCGGUGGCGGCGACGGCGGCAUUGGUGUCGGUCGUUACGUUAUUAAUAAUAGUGCCGCUAAUCAGUAUCAACAACAACAACCACAACCGCAACAAUCGCAGCAAUCUAAACAAUUCAAUCAGAGCAACAAUUGUAAAAUCGGUUUAAUUGAAACAAAUCUCGAUACGCAUGAAACGAUUAUAACGGGUAAAACGCGUUCGUUAAUGGAUAUUGGACCACAGCAGAUGGGUGCUACGUCCACGGGUUUUAAAUACGGUAAACGCCUCAAUGCUAAGACGGCGCUUGUCGGUCAUGUUAAUAAUUUCGAUAAUGUUUUGCGCGAUGAUGAGGAUAACGAUGAUGAUGAUGAUGACGAUGAUGUUUAUAUAGAAACGAGUGGCUUAGGCGCGGAUGGUAGCGGAAUGGUUAUCAAAUCCAUAACACCGACUGGCGGUCAAAUCGCCUCCGUUCGUAGACCACACAAGAGUAUGGAAUUCUUAUUGGAUAAAGAAAACCAGAAAAAUGUUUUGCCACCAGAAAACGAGCUUCAGAAGGCACGUGAAAAUAAUCCAGCAGCCUUAAGUGAACAUCAACUACGCAUACAGGCCUCACUGCAACGUUUAAAUAUACCCGACUGGUUCCGACAAUAUAACCAAACGACCAAUCAAUCUCCAGAAGUUGCUGGUAAUUAUAAGCCUGGAAAUUUUACAAGAAAGAAGAAUAAUGAUUCCGGACGAUGGACAGGACUUAAUUCAAAAACUACAUCACUCAGUUCAUUGGGUUCUCAACGAUCAGACCGCAGUCCGUUAUUACUAAGUCCAUCGGCACACAGUCACCAUGGCGGGCAUACAAGUGGUAUCCAUAAUCAAUCUGCUAGUGCCACAAGCGCAUAUGGCACAAGUGCGGGCUCAUUUUCACGUUGGUCAACAUCUCAUUUGAACUCAUCACAAACAUCACCUAAUGUAUCUUCCCGUGGUUCCUUUACACGUGGCGGACUAGUUAAUUCCAGUUUUAUGUCAGUUACAAGUGGAAAUAGUGGAGUCAGGAACUCACUUCGUCAGCCAUAUUUAGGUUGGCGUAGUCAAGAAAAGUUGUCACAGCGUACGCCACAUGAACGAUUGGCAUCAUCAUUAUUGGCACAACAACGUACGUCCCCAGCACAGCGUACUACAGCUGGAACACCCAGUAAUGGUGUGGCUGUUAAACUACAACCUGUUACACCCGAAAUUCAGUCAUCAAUCAAAGAGGUCACUUCGGCUAUUGUGCAUUAUGUGAACGAUAAGAAAAAUCAACAGCGUAGCAGAUCCACAAGCCCUAACUCAAGGAAAUGCUGGCUGGAAUCAUCAUUCGUUGGUAUAAGACCGCUUGAUUCGCCUCAAACACCCAUCAUUGAAAAUUCUACAACAACUUUUAAUGCACCUGGUAACAACUUUAACUAUAACAGCAACUACAACAAAAGCAACAGCAACAAUAACAAUAAUAAUUUAAUAACAAUAACAACUAACAGUGCAGCUAGAAGAGGCGAAAUAUUAGCCCAAGCCACCGCCGGUGCUUACGGUCUGAACAAACCUCUAACAGCCAAUGUAACAGCUGAUGUGCUACAUAUGAACGGUCUAAGCCGUCCAAGUGGUAAUAACAGUGCCGAAACCGGUAUUGUGGGUGAGUCAGCAAUCUUAAUAUCUCCUGAACGCUCGUUGAGCACUGCAUCGCUAGAAGAUGUCUUAGCCUCACUCUUAGGACUGUCAUCUAAUACCACACCAGCAGUAACGACUACGUCAGCCAGUGAUGCGUAUGCUAGGUCCACGACAGGCGCUUCAGCUAAUGAGACUUACGUCAACUAUCGUCACAUGCCACAUCUGCAACAAAAAUAUACACAACAACCACACAUACAGCAACUGCAACAAUUACAACAACUGCAAGUAAAUUCACAAGCCGAGCAACAACGCUUAAGAAGACGCAGCGAGGGUGACGCGCCCAAUCAACAAAAGCAAAAACCACAACAGCAGUAUCUGCCAAAUACCCAUAAUGCCAAAGCAACAACAACUACAACAACAGGUGCAAAUUCUUCCGCAGCAGCAACAACAACAGCAAGAGCAAGAGCAGGAGCAAGAGCAGGAGCAGGAGCAGGAGUCGCAAUAUCAACAGAAGAAGAAGAAGCAGCAGCACCUAUACCAUCAGCGCCAACAUACUAUGGUGAGUACACUAGGACCAACACAGAUGAACUACCAACGCGCCGCGUCUCUCUCGGCGAUUCCACUGAAUCGACCAAUAACAAGACCACCACUUCAACUUCCGAACUACUACCAAUCAAAUGUCGCAACACAAAAUGCGAUCGUUCCGCUACACCAGCCGAUGCCAAAAAAUAUUAUAAAUCAUGCCACAAUUGUACCCAUUUAUAUUGUUCACGUGAAUGUCGACGAGCCCAUUGGGAAAAGCAUCGUAAAGCGUGCUUGCAUUCAAGAGCAUCAAAUCUGUGCCGACAAGUGCUUGCCACCUGUAAGGACGAUCUCGACUCGCAGCGCCAUCUAAGCUUGCUAGCCCGUAAAGGUUUUCUGUCACAGGGUCGCGGUGUUGUGCGCGUACUUUUUCGUUCUGCUGAAGCAGCUGAAGGUUUUAUAAAACACGGUUUUCAGUGUAUGGGCGAGGCAUCAUACGUACGCUGGCCAGAUUUAAUGCCUUCUGAAAUGGGCUUACAACUCUAUGCUGAACUAUUAAAAUUAAGUACUGAAUAUAAACCAGAAUCUAAAAUGUUAAUUUUUGUAGCGAUUUGUGUUGUGUCGGAAGCGCCUGGUAUGGGUCAAGCACCAGUACGCUGGGAAAGGCAAUUGGUAUCGCGUUGUGCCAAACUGAAACUAUGUAAGACAAUCCUUGUUGAAUUAGACCAACAGCACCAAGCACUAUUGCAACAACAACCAUUAACAGUUAUGGCCGUUCCUGAACCAACAACUGAAAUACUAAUACUAACGUUUAAUCCGAAUUUGCGUGGUACACGCAAUGCAGCACAUCAAGGUGAACUGAUACUCUCUAACAUAUUGGAUAUAUUGUCUAGACGUGGUGUAUUGUUGCGCAAGCAUUAUCCAGAAAUAUAUCAACGGUUACAAUCCUAUACUGAAGGUCAAACUGAUAGAUUCAAUCCGGUAACACUACAUCCACGUGAUUCACAUACCGGACAAGGUUUUGUCUGUAUUAUAAUGCCUGUGCAUAAUGACAGUGAAAUCAUACGCUUACCAUCAGCAGCCGAUGGUGGUAAUCGUGUUACUACGAUUGAUGUUGGCUCUCCAGCUGCGCUAGCACAAUUUGAUGAUGACGACUUGCUUACCCGUUCCACAAGUUGAUUAAAAGCUCCCUCCGUUACGGCAGCAGCGAAGGCAAUCAAUAAAGAUGCCACAGCUGAUGCUUGUUUAACACUGGAAAGUACGCGCAUGUGAAAAGGACAUUUCGGGAAUACAAACUCUAAGUAUGAAUAAAUGCAACUAUAAAUGGUGUAAGAAAUUACCAAAUGACGUAACUUUGAUAAACUCUUCUCAAGUUACCAAAACUAGUGUUUAGGGCUAAUAUGUUUAUGAACGAUUACUUCAUCAACGACACGGGAAGUUGCGGGAAAAUGUAUAAAAUGAAAUGUGACAGAAAUAAGAGUACUGAAAGUUUUGUAAAGAUAAACCAUUUUCUAAAUUUUGUAGAUUUAAAGCUAAAAACGCACUGAACAUUUAAAAACACAUACAAAUAUGAAGAACACUGAACAUACGAAAAAAAUUACACAAAUUAUAAAAAUAGAUCAGUCAUAUUUUGUUGUUAGAUACCAAUAAUGAUAUGGGUACGAGUCCAAUAACUCCAAUAUGAAUACCUCUUCUAAAGCAAUAAGCUCCGAAUACCUCAAAUUAAAUAUGUGUUAGAUCAGAAUACCUCAAAUGAAAUACGAGUAUAUAAUGAAUAAGUUAUUCUAGUUAGUAAAUAGAAAUAUGUUUUCAUUUUAAGGUGGAACUACUCACUUAAUAGACUCUUUUCACAACAGCUGUCUCUGAACGAAAACAAAUGUUCACUAUAAAUAUCAGAUAAUAAGUAAAUUUUAAAGAAUUAAUGCGAGUAUAUCUUAACUGCUCUAACAUAAAAAAGAUACAAUCAAUCAAUUCGUUUUGGACACACCUUCAAAUAUAGAAAAUUAUUACAUAGGCUAAUUGCAUUCCAUUGUGCGUUGUUCAACUUACUUUGAUGACAGUGUCUUCAAGAGUGUCUGAGGACACCGUCCACAUCAUUAGGCUAUGUGGUAAAACAAUAACACCAAGGAGAAAAAUUAUAAUUAAAACACUGUAAUGAGAAGUAGUUGUGUCAGAGAUUUAUUAGAAGGCGUACAUUAAUAAACACAAAUUAAUUAUUGUAUCGAAAAUAUCAUUAAUAUUUAUUUAUUUGUGAUUUAACACUAACAUUAAUUUCAAACUUAACUAAGAAUAAGGAACUGGACCACAAGGUUCUUCAUCAAUAACAGUUAUACUCAUAGCAGAAUUGAUUUUCACGUAUGUUUGCAGAUCUCAAUAAUAUUUUUAAUCGAUCAAUCGAUACAUUUCCAACUGCAAUAUGACUAUAUUAGCCGUAAUUUUUUCAUUCAGAGUAACAAAAAAAUACUCGCAACUUACGAAAGAAA